AUCGAAAUCGAACCUCCUGGGGGGGGACUUCGCUUAAUUUUUUUGAUUAGCGUCGACUGCUGAAGUUGUUGUUUAUGUAGGGAGUUUUGUGAGUUGUUAGAAAUGAAUUUGUCAAUUUCUAAGUUUUUUUCUUCCAACAAAAAGAAGCAUGCUAACGAGGGCCCAACAGAAAUCGGUCGACCAACUAACGUACUUCAUGAAUUUCAUGUUAGUAGAAAUAAAGAGACUGGCCUUCUAGAGGGCCUCCCAACGCCCUGGCUCAGGCUUUUGAACACACAAAUAACGAAAGCAGAACAAGAUGAGAAUCCAAAUGCUGCUCUUCAGGCCAUCAAAUUUUAUAAUUAUUCUAUCAAGAAACGGCACUCGGACACUUUUAAACCUCUAGCAACAGAACGAGUUAUUGAGCAGGAAUCAAAAGAAAUUGAGAAAAUUCUUGGAGAAAACAUCGGUUUGGGCCGUGCUAAGGGCUGCAAUAACCUGACACUCAGUAUACUCAGUGACGGUACUGACAGGGUUGUAUCACCAUGCUCCUCUUCAGAAGAAGCUACACCUCGAUCAUCUCUUCAGUCUGACUAUGGGGAAGCUUUUGAUCGGUCUACGUACAUUGUUGAAAAAAAGGAUGACCAGGAAGCAUCAAACUGCACACUGAUAAAUGACGCACUUGAAGAGAGCUUGAAGAAUUUGCAACUGGAAGUUUCAACGCUUCCUGAUCCAAUUUUACCUGACAGCCAUAGUGACAAUGAGAGUCCAGUUUUGAGGAGAAAAACAGAUGACCGUUCCAUAGAUCAAUUGAACGAGGAGGAAGUUUAUGCUGAGUUGAGGAGAAUCUGUAAUCAAGGAAACCCAAAACGGCGAUUUGAAAUGAAAUCUGAACUUGGUGCAGGAGCAUCUGGAACAGUUUCUAUUGCUAGAGAUAUUGUGACUAACCAGAAGGUUGCAAUCAAGGACAUAGAUUUGUCAAAGCAGCCCCGCAAAGAACUUAUUCUUAAUGAAAUUCGAGUCAUGAAAGAUUUUAAUCAUGAUAACUUAGUCAAUUUCCUGGAUGCCUACCUAGUAGAUGAUCAUCUCUGGGUUAUUAUGGAACUGUUAGAAGGAGGACCAUUGACAGAUGUUGUUACUGAAACUGUAAUGAAAGACAAGCAAAUUGCAGCAGUCUGUCGAGAAGUAUUGAAGGCUAUAAGCUUCCUGCAUGCCAAGGGCAUUAUACACAGAGAUGUGAAAUCUGACAAUGUUCUUCUUGGUCUUGAUGGAACAGUGAAGCUCACUGAUUUUGGAUUCAGUGCAAAUAUUGUUGGGGAUGAAAAGCGGCAAACAAUGGUGGGAACUCCAUAUUGGAUGGCUCCUGAAGUUGUGACUCGGAAACAGUAUGGACGUAAAGUUGACAUAUGGUCUUUGGGAAUAAUGGCUAUUGAAAUGAUUGAAGGAGAACCACCAUACUUGAAAGAGACACCGCUUCGUGCACUCUACCUGAUAGCUGCCAUUGGCAGACCUCAAAUUAAGCGUUGGGACAGCCUUUCCCCAGAGUUACAGGACUUUUUAGACCGGUGUCUUCAAGUUGAUGUUGAUACACGAGCCAGUGCAGAUGAGUUAUUGAAGCAUCCUUUCUUACAAGAUUGUGCCAAGCUCAGCUCACUAACUCCUCUAAUUCGUGCGGCUCAAAAAAUAUUAAGCAAAACUUAUUUCUGAGCCAACAACAAUCAACCAACUUGUCAGACAACCCACUUCAGCACAACACAACCUGAGUUACCAGCCCCUCUUCUCCAUUGCACAAGUCUGCAUUAUGUUAAUCUAGUGGUUUUAUUUCUUAAUACCUAAAUGAUAUAAAGUUAUUGUUAUUUGAAGUAUUACCUAGAGCAGUGUUUAAUGGGGCUCCCAAUGGCCAUAACAGUACCUGCUUUAGGAAGCUUGUUUUCAUUUUUAAUAGGUACCGCUAGUUUAUAAUUGAUUACAAUUUUGUACAUUUUGUGUAUUUUCACUUGUUUACUUGCAGUAUUUGUGGUGUGAUGUAUUUUCAGCCUGGUCCAAUCUGUCAUGUUUGUAUAAAGAGUGGGUAAUGAAUUCAGGUCUAGUCGAAUACACCCACAAUAUAUACGACUCUCUAGAUAUGAAAGCAAUCAGAUUGCUAUCAUUCAUCACAGCAUGAUGGGCUAUGUUAUUUAAGUAACCAAUUAGAAUUUUUAGUUUUUUUCUUUAACACAAUUGUGAAUGUGAGUUUCACAAAUGUCAUACUUAACUGUGUUAUGUUUCAAUUGUGGGACCACUUUGAACUUCAUUGAGUGACGAAUUUGUGUGCUUCAAACUUGUUGACUGUCCUUGUUUAUUUUGUCUCAUAUUCUUGACUUUUGAGCCACGUAUUCUUUGUAAAUGUUGAUAUUAGGAAAUAUUUAUGUUAAUCAUUCCCAGAAAUGGAUAGUCUGAAAUGUUUAAAAGAAAAGAGAUACAUUCCUGUUGUGCACUUAGAAAAAAAAAAUCUUUCGCAACAGAUUGAUCUAAACAUGUGCUCAUUAUUUACCUUAUGGGUUUUGCUUUUUAUUGAUUAUAUUUUUAAGAUUUGUAUUUUUUCCAUAUAUUUUAUAGAAGUUUUAUGAAAUAAUAUUUUAGAAUGUCUUCCCUCUUUUGCUGUCCUAUUUUUUAUACGGAUGUUCUGCAGUUGUUUGCUUUUCACAUUUUACUACUUCCUGCCUGAUCUCCUUGAUGAACUGAAGUGAUUUCCCUUUCGACCAAUGUUCUUUAACCUAAUUGUUGCAUCAGUGAUUUUGUGUAGUUACAUAGUAGCCAUUUGUACUUGAUACUUAAGUCACACCAACCUACCUAAGUGGGCUGAGGAACAUCCGUCCAUGUAUUAUUGAUCAGACUAUAGGAUCUUCUUAGUUAGAGACUGCUUACUUAGGAACUGGGCGGUACUAGGGAAUUAGUGCCAUCCUCUGGAGGAAAUAGUGUAUAAAAUGUCAUGUACAUAAUAUGUUAGUGUGCUAUCAGCGUGUGUCUCAACUUACAGGGUGCAUAUAUUGAUGAAAUGUUUCUUUUAUGAUAAUUUUUUUUAGAUAAGAGUUUUACAAGUUUUGGUCUGUUUUUUUUUUUUGUUGACACAGUUGUGUUAAAAUGGAUCAUAGUUUUAUUUUUAAUGAAGAUUAUUAUUCAUUGAGAAAUUUUACCUAAUAAUCCUCUGGAUUGUAUGAACCAUGUCUUUGAUGGAAGGAGUAUUAAAUAAAGUGACUAAAA